AUGCCAAAAGCUUUGGAAAAACUCAACUCUAUAAUGUUUCCAAAACUAACGAAUGAUUUUGUGGGCGCUCUUGCCAAUAUUCUCCGUGUGUGUGGUUAUGAGAUCCUAAAUGGCAACACUCUCACACCCAUUUUCCCUGAUAUGUCUAGUAGCGAUGGUUCAGAGUUGGUCAGGUCUAUUCGAGAUAGCAAGAAGAUUCUUGACCUUCAGAAGUGUAUGGCCAUACCUGCUACUUCUGUAGCAAGUGAACGUAUUUUCAAAUGCCAGAUAUCUCAUUUCUCCUCUUAA